AUGGUGCAGCUGGAAUCAUGUUCAGUGGGCGCUGAUUUGUUCUACAAACUCAUCAAUGAUACGGAAUGGAUUAGCUCAAGGCACCUGGACAUGGCAACCUUUCUCAUCCAGAAAAGGCAACUCUCUCAUCCGUUGCAAUUUCUAGAGCCAGUGAAAGGGACUGCCAAGAAACGUGGAUCGAAGAAGGCAGCUGCUUCAAACAUCAUUGACCUUCCACCCAGCAAGCUAAACAAUAUACAUCACUAUGUGCACGGGUCCUACUGGGUUGCAAUCGAACUUGAUUUUGUUAGACAUACUGCAACUGUGUAUGACUCCUACGUUGCUUUUACCAAAACUUUGAAGCUUGUUACACUUCUGCACCCUAUUAGCGAUACGCUGGCACGAGUGCUGUACGAUAUGCACUUUUAUGAAGAUUCUGAGGUUGAAGAGGUUAAGCAAAAGGGGCUGACGAUGUCGAUGUUUACGCCAUUCUCAGUGUGCAGCAUUGCAGAUGUGCCACAACAACGAGAUGGUCUAGAAGCAGUGGCUAAUUGCCUUACAUGGCACACACAUUGUUUCGAUUUUGAAGGUAUAUUUCAUUUCCUGCACUGGGAAUCUCAUUAUGUUGUUAUUGGAAUUUGGAACCUCAUACUGUGUUUGCUGAUCUUAGCUGGAGCAGGGUAUACUAGCACCAUCCUGCUUAAGAAUGGUAAAUUAUCUGACUUGAUCGGUGAACUUCAGUCUUUGUUGAAUGGAACCGGAGAACAAUCAGAAGGUGACUUUGAUGCGAUCGCAUCACAGGUGAGCCGAUUGGCAGCUGAGGUCCGGCAACUUGGUUGGUCACGACAGAUAACCGUCCUGAAUGGGAAUGACAGCCAAAUUGGUUUGACAUCACUAAUAAUGCCAGCAGCUACCUUGGGGGCAUUGGGUUAUGGUUACAUGUGGUGGAAGGGUCUAAAAUUCUCAGAUCUUAUGUAUGUGACAAAGCGUAGUAUGACUGCUGCUAUUUUAAACUUGCAUACACAUCUGGAGAGCGUGACAGAGGCUAUUGCUAACACAAAGAAGCACCUGACAAAGAGAGUCCAGAAUUUGGACGAUAAAUUGCUGGAGCAGAAAGAGAUCUCAAAGUCGAUUCUGGAGAAUGUUGGUGAUACGAAAGGAAGUAUUGAGGAACUUUACGUUACCGUGACUGAGUUGCAAAGUGCGCUUACUGGUUUGGAUUACAAGCUAGGUUCCAUUUCAGAAAAGCAGGAUGUUUCAAAUCUUGGUGUUUUCUACCUCGUCAACUUUGUUGAGGGAAAACAAGUUGAAAUGCCUCAGCAGACGAAACUUAAACUUACUGGGAAUCCACGUGGUCGUUUAGUGACAUAUUCAGAAACUCAGAGUCUGAUGGGUCUAAAAGAAAUUGCAGAGUCUUUGUCUGGAACUUUGACUAAGUCAACUGAUGCUAUUGUGCAAGACGAUAUUGAAGGUCCAGGAAUGAAACCGAGAAACCUGCUGAGGUUUGAAUAAGAACUCUUUUAUCUAGUAUUUACAUCAUUCUUGAACAUUGUAAU